AGCCUGGCUGCGCCUGCGCAUCAGCUGUUGGGGACGUGGUGUUGAUGCUCCGCCGGCGGGCAGUGGGGCCCCGGGUGCAGGGAAGCGCUAGGCGACUGAGGGGCCGCGCGGGAGGUGUCCCCUGAAGUGGGCACAGCGUAGGCUGCACAGGUGCCAUCCCCUGAGCACAGUAUUAAAUCCGUUUUGAAGAAGACAAUCAAAAGGAAGUUUUCCGAAGCAGAGAGAGCAAGCCUGCGGACGCUGCGGAUGGCAACAGCAGAGCUCAGCGCCUGUUCCCCGGCUCCUCUGAAUCUGAAGAAGGAGGUGCUUCGGACCGUGAAGGGGGAUCCCUGCUCUACUUGGGGACGGGGAGUCCAGCUGCUAGGGGAUGGCACAGGCUUGGGACAGGAGCUGUUGUGCAAACAGUUCAGGCAGUUGCGCUAUGAGGAGACCACAGGGCCCCGCGAGGCGCUGCGCCGGCUCCGCGAGCUGUGCCGCCAGUGGCUGCGGCCCGAGACGCACAGCAAGGAGCAGAUCCUUGAGCUGCUGGUGCUGGAGCAGUUCCUGACCAUCCUGCCCGCAGAGCUCCAGGCCCGGGUGCGGGAGCACCACCCAGAGAGCGGAGAGGAGGUGGUGAUGAUGCUGGAGGAUUUGCAGCCGGAGCUUGGAGACACAGGACAGCAGGUGGACCCAGGCCAGGCAGAGGAGCAGAAGAUGUUGGUGGGGGCAGUGGCCGCAGGGGAACCAGUGCGCGGGCAGCAGGCGCCGCCAAAGCGUGAAGUCGCAGAGCCUGAAGACAAGGGUGAGGAGACCAGGAUUGAGAACGGGAAGAUGGUUGCAGAGAUAGACUCUUGUGGAAGAGUGGGAUCAUCCGGGAAAGUAUCUGAGCCCGUAGCGCCUCGUCAUGAGGACCCUCGCUUGGAAAGUCAGCAGGUGAAGCCCAGGGAGAAGCCCGAGUACAAGUGCUCAGAAUGUGGGGAGGCCUUCCCCCGGCACCCGGACCUGAUCACACACGAAGGCGUGCACGCGCGAGGAAGGCUCUGUGAGUCUGCGGCGUGUCAUAGUACCGGUUUCACUGGACGUCAGAAAAUCCGUCCUAGAGAGAAAGGUCAUCAGUGUCACGAGUGUGGGAAAGCCUUUCAGAGAAGUUCGCACCUUGUCAGACACCAGAAAAUCCAUCUUGGUGAGAAGCCUUACCAGUGCAGAGAAUGUGGGAAGGUCUUCAGCCAGAAUGCAGGCCUCUUGGAGCACCUCCGGAUCCACACUGGAGAGAAGCCUUACCUGUGCAUCCACUGUGGGAAGACCUUCCGACGCAGCUCCCACCUCAACCGGCACCAGAGAAUUCACAGUCAGGAGGAGCCCUGUGAGUGCCAGGAGUGUGGCAAGACCUUCAGCCAGGCCCUUCUCCUCACCCACCACCAGAGGACCCACAGCCACUCCGGAAGCCAUCGCUGUAACGAGUGUGGGAAAGCCUUCAGUCUGACCUCAGACCUCAUCCGACAUCACAGGAUUCACACCGGGGAGAAGCCGUUCAAGUGUGACAUAUGCCAGAAAGCCUUCCGCCUCAACUCCCACCUGGCUCAGCACGUGCGGAUCCACAAUGAAGAAAAACCCUAUGAGUGUGAUGAAUGCGGGGAAGCCUUCAGGCAGCGGUCGGGGCUUUUUCAGCAUCAGAGAUACCACCACAAAGACAGUGUGGCCUGAUGGGGGGUCCUCUCUGCGGGAAACCUCACAGACAGGGUGCUGACCAGCAAACAGCAUUUCAGGGACAGUUGCUGCGGCUACUUCUAGCCUCACAGAUCUCAGCGGGGUCGCCCACGGGAGGCUGUGCAUAUCCACUUUUGCUCAGCCUUGGACCACAGUGAUAGACGCUAGAUGGUACUGUGGGAACAAGAGCAUUCUUUACUGCAGGACUUCUCUGGGCCUUUAACAUGGUCAGUGCUUGAUUGUGCAUCUUCAGGUAGUAGAGAGCCUCAUGAUUGAGUUAGGGCUUUGAGGUCAGCAGCAAGUCAAAUAUCCACAAAUUCAUAGGCUUAAACAGAACAAGAGCAGGUUGAUAAUUUUGCAUGUUACAGCAGCAACUCAUAUAAAAUAAAACUAAUGACAUUUGGAAAUA